AUGGCUGCCAACGCGUCGGUCGCCUGGGACCUCCCUCCCCUCCCGAGUUACACCCUCUCCGUGCGGCAACCCGUGCUCGCCCCCAUCCCCGACAAUGUCUUAGCCCUUACCCUGCCCAUCAUCGCGUACUGGGGCUUGUCUAUGGUCUAUCACUUUCUAGAUGUUUACGGAUACUUCGAACAAUAUCGCCUACACACCCCCGCCGAGGUAUUGAAACGGAACCGCGUUACCCGAUGGGAAGUCGUGCGCGAUGUCAUACUGCAGCAAAUAGUUCAGACAAUCGCCGGCAUGUCCGUGGCCUAUUUUGACCCCGUGGAAACCGUUGGUAGGGAGGAUUACGACGUGGCCGUGUGGGCGCAACGGUUAAGGCUUGCCCAACGAGCCAUACCCCCCAUGUUUGCCCUGGUCGGCGUGGACGCGGCCGGUCUAGCCAAGUCAAUGUCUCAAAAUGGUCACACCCUACUAGCUGGAGCUUUGGCUGGAGGCUCUUACCCGAAUUUGAUGCAGUCGCUUAUUCUUGACGGCGGUGCCGAGGUAUCCGCGCCCGCUUUUACCCAUUGGGAGAUGGCUUUGGCAAGCUUCAUCUACUGGUACUUUGUUCCGGCUCUUCAGUUUAUGCUAGCAGUCUCCAUUGUCGAUACUUGGCAAUACUUCCUUCAUCGGGCAAUGCAUCUCAAUAGGUGGCUCUAUGUAACUUUCCACUCCCGUCACCACCGACUGUACGUUCCUUACGCAUUCGGUGCUCUGUAUAAUCACCCCGUGGAAGGCUUUCUUCUAGACACAUUUGGUACCGGAAUCGGUUUCUUGGUUUCGGGAAUGACCAACCGACAAGGCAUGUGGUUCUUUACCUUGUCCACCAUCAAGACCGUGGAUGAUCAUUGCGGCUACGAAUUCCCUUGGGACCCGCUGCAGCACUUCACUUCGAACAAUGCUGCCUAUCAUGACAUUCAUCAUCAGAGUUGGGGCAUCAAGACCAAUUUCUCCCAGCCCUUCUUUAUCUUCUGGGAUCGAUUACUUGGCACACAAUGGACAGGGGACGUCACGUCUCGCUACGAGCGUUCCCGAGAAACUGCUCAAAAGCAAGUGGAUUUGGACGCCGUCAAGGCUGCUGAGCUGGCCGAGGAAACCGAGCAUGAACCAGCCGUGGUCUCAUCUGAUGGCCCGGCCAGUAGGACCCGUCUACGCCGUAAGACUGUUGACAGUUUAAAAGGGCCGGGUCAUGGUGUCCCCGGCAGUGUUCUCCACAAUUAA